GAAAUGAGUUACUUGUCUUUUUGGCAGACCAAAAGGAACCAUACUUCAAGCCCAGAGUUAGGUUAUCAAUGAAACCUCCAAGCAUUAUAAUAACCAGUGUAGUUCCUGGAGAUUAUGAUGGUGAUUCACAAAUGGAUGUCCUCCUAACUACCCGGACUCAAAAUCAUGGCAAAGAUGAACUUUCAGUGUUUAUUUUCUGGGGGCACAACCAAACAUUAGAUUUUGAUCAUAAAAAAGUGUUAAAUAAGACUUUUAAUGAUGAGCCUCUAAUAAUGGACUUCAAUGGUGACUUGAUUCCUGACAUCUUUGGUGUCACAACCGAUUCAAAUAAACCACAGAUAUUGAUAGGCGGGAACUUUUCAUGGCAUCCUGCAUUGGACACUCCCAAUAAAAUGUACAUACCGCACUCUCAUGCAUUUAUAGAUCUGAAUAAUGACUUUACUGCUGAUUUGUUCCUUACUACAUCACCAGAUUCAAAAAAUAUUGAAUUUGAGACUUGGGUAAAUAAGGAUGGGAAUUUCUCUAAAAAUGGAAAAAGUAAGGAAAAACCUGAGGGUAUGCAGAUUGUUGGACAGUCUGUUUUUGCUGAUUUUGAUGGGGAUGGACAAAGUGAACACCUAUUACCAGUCUGUGAAGAUCAUAACUGUCAAAAAAGUGCCAUCUACUUAUCUAAGCUGGGAAUGGAUCAGUGGGUUCCAAUCUUGCAAGACUUCAGAAAUAAAGACACGCUCUGGGGCUUUGUACCAUAUGAAAAGGAUGGCUCUUCAGCAGCAGAUUCGUUUCCAAUUACACUUCACAUUGGAGAUUACAAUAUGGAUGGCUACCCAGAUGCUCUUGCUAUACUAAGGAACACAUCUGGAAGCAACCAGCAAGCAUUUUUACUUGAAAACGUCCCAUGCAAUAAUGCGAGCUGCAAGAGCGUACGGCGCAUGUUUAAAGUUUACUGGGAGCUCUCGGAUCUCAAUCAAAUCAAGGACGCGGUGGUAGCAACCUUCUUUGACAUAUACGAAGAUGGGAUCUUGGAUAUCAUUGUACUAAGCAAAGGCAACUUAAACAAGGAUUUUGCUAUCCAUACAUUAAAAAACAACUUUGAAGCAGACGCCUAUUUUGUUAAAGUUAUUGUUCUCAGUGGCCUCUGUUCUAAUGACUGCCCUCGGAAAAUCACACCUUUUGGUGUUAAUCAGCCUGGUCCUUAUAUCAUGUAUACAACCGUAGACGCUAAUGGAUACCUGAAAAAUGGGUCAGCUGGACAGCUUAGCCAGUCAGCACACUUUGCUCUCCAGUUGCCAUACAACGUGCUAGGCUUGGGACGCAGCGCUAAUUUCCUCGACCAUUUGUAUGUUGGCAUUCCUCGUCCUUUGGGAGAAAAGUCGGUAAGAAAACAGGAAUGGACAGCUAUCAUACCAAACUCUCAACUUAUAGUCAUUCCAUAUCCUCAUAACGUUCCUCGAAGCUGGAGUGCCAAACUGUACCUGACCCCGAGUAACAUCGUGCUGCUAACGGCUAUAGCCUUAAUUGGUGUCUGUGUUUUCAUCCUGGCAAUAAUUGGCAUAUUACACUGGCAAGAAAAGAAAGCAGAUGACAGAGAGAAGCGACAGGAAGCCCAUCGGUUCCAUUUUGAUGCUAUGUGACAUGCCUUAAUAUUUAUGAAGAAGCUGCUGCUCAUUUGCUUAAUUGAAAUACUGAAUUCUGAUUUGUAAAAUGAUUACUGUGAGACUGGUGCUGGUAUGCUAUUUGUAAAUGUUGCAUUACGUGGUAUUUAUUUGGAAAGUAUUUAAAUCAGACCUGAAUGUCUCACAAGGCCUUUCAGUAAA